AGAGAAAGAAGAUGCCCAGAAAGGUUCAGGUUCAGGGAGAGAGAUCACAGAAGCUUCAAAUCUCCACACUGAAGAUGCUCUAGGUCUCCAGGAUGACAUAGAUCUACGUCUCCCUCCCCUUCUCGACUGAAAGAAAGAAGAGAUGAGGAAAAGAAAGAAACUAAAGAAAUAAAGAACAAAGAAUGUCAGAUUACUGGAGAAGAUCAGGAGGGUAAAACAGAGGAAGAAAUGAAAUUAAUGGGAUUUGCCUAUUUUGACUCCACAAAAUGGAAGAAGUUAGAUAGCUCUGUAAAUGCCUAUGCCAUCAACGUGUCUCAGAAGAGGAAAUACCGGCAGUUCAUGAAUCGAAAAGACAGAUUCAAAAGACAUUUGGAUUUUAUUGCAUGA